CAGCUGCCACAGCAAAAGGUACACUGUGGGGAUCGGUGUGUGGAAUAAAAGGUAUUCAAAAAGAUAAGUUUAUAAUCUUUCAAGCAAAUCGGCUUGUCAGUCAUAUUGUUAUUUAUAGGUUGGCCAAAUCGAGGCAUUUUCUGGGGCUUGUUUUUCGUGGUCAUUUGUGUUCUUGGUCUGUGCUUUUAACUCUUGGCUAACUAUGUGAGCUCAUGCUAACUAGAUAGUAGCGACAUUGACCCAGGCUGGAGCUGAAGCUGGAGCUGGGGCGCAGCAGCGGCAGCGACAGCAGCGGAGCCUCAUUUCCGACAGCCCCGUAUGGAUUUGACGUCGGCAUACAUUGUUGCUUGAUGUUUUACAAAGGGUCGAAUACCGGUGAUCUUGAAGAUGGGGGAACCUUGUGACCUUAAGCACUUCGUAAAAGAAGAGGGGAGUGGUGCCUCGGUGAAGGUGGAAGGCCUAUCCAAGGCAGCUCUAAUCAAAAGCCUGUCUCCUAGAGUCAUGCUAUCCAACCAUCUCUUGCCUAAAGGGACCAAGAUGAAGGUCAACCUAGAGGAUCAGGGUCGUCAGAAAGUGUCCUUCAGCUUCGCACAGACCAAGAAGCCACUGCAGAGCUUGUUCUUUAUCCCUUCCACUCCUGAAAAGUCUGCUGCUGAGCCGAACGCUGCCUUGCCACAGUCACCCCCGGACAAAGAGGGGCAGACUCCAGACAGCAAAAUGGAGAAAAACCAGACACCAGUGGUGCAGACGUUGAUAGCAGAGACACCUUCUCAAACACCAGUCCCCUCAGCUACUACACUGAAACCCGGCUUAGCUAAGAUGCAUUUCAAGAAGCAAAUUCUCAGUGUCUCUGUGACUGAAGAGAAACCAACAUUAGUCGUACCAGAGGAGCCGUGCUCUCCUGAAUUGCAGGUUCUGCAGAAACCAACAAAUGUAACUGAAUUUUCAACACCCCAGCCUCAGGAUGUCGUCAGUGUCUGGCCCAUUGAGAAUUCUCUCAUUGAAGCCCCUGAGACAAGGGUAACCCCAAACCCUAAGAAGCCAGCUGCUUCCUCAGGAAAAGAUGGAGAGAGUUCCAACAAUGCUGAGCAGGAAAGUAAGGUAGACAAAAGGAAAACCAGGUCCCAAUCUGGUAGUGCUCUCCCUGCUUCAGAUUCAGAUGGAGAUUCAGGCCAGUUGUCAUCUAGUCGCAAAUCGGUUGACUCCAGAAGUAAAACAAACUUUGAUAGCAGAAGUAAGGAGGGAAAAAAGGCUUCCUUGGGUUCACACGUGGAGGAAAAAGAAAAGGAAAAAAGUUCCUCUAAGCGGUCAGAGAAUCAUGAAAGGUCUUCUAGUUACUCCAAAUCAGACCGUGAUUCUAGACACACUUCCUCACGCUCAUCUCGAUCAGACAAAGAUCGCAGAAGAACCAGGUCUAGAUCACGGUCUAGAUCAAGAGGGUCUCGAACCAGUUCAUCUCACUCCAGAUCAGAGAGAUCCCGAGGCGACAGAGGAUCGCGCUCCGAAAGGUCAUACUAUCACGAUUCUGAUCGGAGAUCACACCGGAGUUCUCCACGCAGAGAGAGAAGACGUUCUCGCUCUCGCACUGACAGAACUCGAGACAGUUCAGACUCAGAGGACGACCACAGGAAGACGAGAACAAGGACAAGCGACUCCAGUAGAUCGUCUGUCCAUUCAAGCUCACAUAAAGAUUCAAAAACAUCUUCCUACUCAAAAUCUGAGAAAGCCUCAAAAUCUGCAGAUUCUCCUCACUCUUCAGAGUUCGACAAAAGAACACAAUUGUCAAAGUCAAGGACUUCCAAGCGACUAUCAGACUCUGAUUCACAACGCAAGUGCUCUCCUGAUCUGGACUCCAGUUACCGUAAAUCUAGCACCCAUCACAAGUCAGAGACCAACAGCAAAUCCUCUUCUUCCAGUACGCAUACCCACUCUCAAACAUAUGAAAAAAGACAAAAAAGCAACUCCAGUGACUCUGACAAAGGCUCUGCCUCGGAGGAGAAAACCGAAAAGAAAACCAGUAGGUCAGACUCGAGGCAGAUGGCCCCUUCUAGAUCUUCUGUGAAAACCAGCGGCCAUGAUAGACAAUCAAAUGACAUAUUUCACAGCCCUGGCAAAGCACCAUCAUGUGCCAGCACCACAGAAAUAUGUUCACAGGGUGAAAAAGAAAAAUCAGAUUCCCAAAAAGGUUCAAAUGAAAAUACUAGUCAGGAUUUUAAAGAUAACUGCACUGAUAAAAGCUUGCAAGAAUCGUCUUCAAGGAUAUCGAAAGAAACAGAUUCAGGCCUUGAAGUUGAGACCUCAGCUAUAACCUCAAGUAAAGGCCUAAAGCAUGUAAAUGCUACCCUGGAAAACUUGACAGAUGUGCAGGGUGACCUUCCUUCUAAAAAUCAACCACAUGAGAACUCAAAUGUAGCGGUCUUAAAUUCAUGCAGUAGUAAAGAUAGUUUAAUGUGCAACCAGGACAACAAAGUUCUCGACUCUUCACCAGGGCAAAAUUCCUUACUUGAUACAACAGACACACCUGUCACCAUUGAUGUCCAGCAGAACACUAAACCAGAGGUCUCUAAAGUUAUGACAGUCGACCAGCCGUCUGGCACAAGUUUGCUGCUCGAAUCUGAUACAUCAUGUCUUGAAUCUGAGGAUCAGCUGACACAUGAACAGCAAAAUAUAGAUAUUGUUAAAAAGAGCAGCAGUACUACCAAAAAAUCCAGAUGGGAUAUUGUUGGUCAGGACACCUCAGAGAGUGAUAAUUCGCAGAGGACAGUUUGUGCAGAGAUUAAGCCUACUGUUAAAAAAGUAAUCUCUGUUAAAAAGAUUGAGUUUUCUAAAGACAAUAGCCAACAAGACUCUGACAUUAAAGGUACUAUACAGCAAGAAGCCGAAACACAUUCCAAACUGGUUAAGCAGACUGAAAUUUCUAAGCAUGAAGUUGGCUCAGACAGCACAUCCAUGACCGAUACAUUUAAAGACCAAAGUGAGCCUUCAGAAGCCAGCACCAGCAUUGACCACUGUGACUUAAAACAAAGUGUUUCUCAAAAAACAAACCUAGAGGAGCCUCUGCACGUACAUGACACAUCACAGAACGACAAAGCCGAAAAGAUGCAAAGUUGGAAUGGUGACGAUCACGAAGAAAAAUCCAAGGGCAGCGCCAACAGGAGCAAAUUGAGUAAGAGAACAUUACUUAAUCAGGAUGCAUUAGGAGGACAGAGUGAGGUCAGUGAUAGUGACAACUCUGAGUAUGACUCUGAUUGCGGCGAGGCCAUUAAACGAUUGCACUCUGUGGUGGUGGUGCCAAAGAAUUCUUCUCUAACAAUGGAUACACAGGACACAGGGUCUUCCACAUGCAGUCUACUGAAUAGUUCAGAGCUGCAGAAUAUGGAUACUGACAAAGUCCCAAAUCAAGGCCCACAACAAAGCCAGGCUAAUCCUUCCGCAUUUGUGGAGACCAGUGGUCCCUGUGCUGGUGUUAAUGAGUUAUCUCAUAGCAGCUUGUUGUGUCAAUCCCAGAGUAAUAUGAUUGAUAGCACCAGUCACUUGGAGGGUUCCAGCUCCAGCAGUGUGCAGCCUUCCAUAGCUGGACAUAUCAGCGUCCAUGGAGGUGUCGCAGAUCCCGUCAACAGCCUUGAUAAUUCCAGACUGUGUGAGCAAGGGCACACACCACAUAAUGUAAACAGCAGAGGUGACAGGGUAUUCUCCCAAUACCAACAAGAUGACUUCUCCAGUGCAGACAAUAUCAAUGACCAGAAUGGAUUUAGCCUGGGUUGGGAUUUUUCGCAAGCAGAACAGCCCAGCAGUACGUACCAGCAGCCUGAUAGCAGUCAUGGGCCACAACUACCAAACACUAAGCUGACUGAAAACUCUCCUCAGAGACAGGAGCACAGGCUGAGUAAUGCUACCUGGAACCACCAAUCCCCAAACACACAGAUGAGCAGACUACCCUACCUCCAUGUGCAUGAACAUUAUCAGGACCUUGCAAGUGAAAUCCAUCCUGACUCUUUGACUAAUGACCACGACGACUACAAUGGGGAUAAACUAUCUGAUCUCAGUAAAAAAGCUGUUGAUUGCAGUGGACUUAACACUCCUGGGUCAUCAAGCUUUGUUCAAGGGCAUGAAAUAAGCAGUAACAGCAGGGGCCACACUGUGCCUGACCCCCCUAGAGAAGAAAAUUUUAGACCCCACAGGGGCCGGGGCCCUCCCAAGAAAAGGCGGCCAGAGAUUGAAUCUGAUUCAGACAAUGAGGCAGAAGCUGGGCCUGCAGGAAAGAGGGAGCGUCAAGGAGAUGCUGACAUCUCCAAGGAAACUCCUGUCAAAGCUGAAGUUCAGCGUCCAUCACUCAAAUUGCGAGACUUUCAAGAUGCCAAUAAAUGGAAAGACUUUUCCAAGUCGAAGAAGAUGCCCCCUUACUUUGACUUGAUUGAGGAGAACCUUUAUCUGACUGAGAGAAAGAAGAGUAAAUCUCAUCGAGAUAUCAAGAGAAUGCAAUGUGAGUGCCCAGUACUGCCUAGAGAGGAACGUUCAAGGGGAGUAUUAGCAUGCGGGGAAGACUGUUUGAACCGGCUGCUGAUGAUCGAGUGCUCGUCACGGUGCCUGAAUGGAGCCUAUUGCUCUAAUCGACGCUUUCAGAUGAAACAACACGCAGACUUUGAGGUUAUCCUCACAGAAGACAAAGGCUGGGGUCUGCGGGCAGCUAGAGAUUUGGCAUCAAAUACCUUUGUACUGGAAUAUUGCGGGGAAGUACUGGACCACAAGGAGUUCAAAACAAGAGUGAAAGAAUAUGCUCGCAAUAAGAACAUCCACUACUACUUCAUGUCUCUAAAGAAUAAUGAGAUCAUUGAUGCAACACUGAAGGGUAAUUGCUCACGGUUUAUGAACCAUAGCUGCGAGCCCAACUGUGAGACCCAAAAGUGGACUGUCAAUGGCCAGCUUAGAGUCGGCUUCUUCACCUCCAAGGCUGUCACUGCAGGAACUGAACUGACAUUUGAUUACCAGUUUCAGAGAUACGGUAAAGAAGCACAGAAAUGCUUCUGUGGAGCAGCCAGCUGCAGAGGCUUCCUGGGUGGCGAGAACAGAGUUAGUGUUCGGGCAGCUGGAGGGAAGAUGAAGAAAGACCGCAGUCGAAAGAGUGAACUCACCACGGUUGAUGAGGAGCUGGAGGUGUUACUAGAAAAUGGAGAAGGCCUGUAUGACAAGAAACAGGUGGUGUCUCUUUGCAGACUGAUGGUCCGAGUGGAAACCAUGGAGCAGAAACUCACCUGUCUCAAGCUCAUACAAGAUACUCAGAAUCCAUCAUGCCUGAAGCAGUUCCUGGACCAUCAUGGGUUGUCUUUGCUGUGGAUCUUCAUGGUCGAGCUGUCUGAAGCUAAAGGCAACAGUGCCAAUAACAUCAAACUGCAGUUAGAGAUUAUGAAGAGUUUGGCAGUGCUGCCUAUCUCUACUAAGAACAUGUUGGAGGAGAGCCGAGUCCUAACCUUCAUCCAGCGAUGGGCCCAGACUAAAAUUCUCCCACACCCUACUGAGAUGGAUGGCUACUCCAGCGAGAACACCUCCCGCGCUCAAACACCCCUCAACACUCCUGAUGGGUCCUCCACCAAACUGGGACCAGAAUUAGAUGCCGACACCUCCAAACCUGCUGUGUACCGCCGGCUUAAAAUCAUCAGUGAAAACAGUCUGGACAGUGCACUUUCUGACGCUAGCAAAGCAUCUGACGGUAAGGAGGAAGAGGAGGAGGACGAUGAUGAGGAAGAAGAUGAAUCCUCACAAGCAGAACUUCCUGAUGGCAAACAGUUAAAGGCAGUGGCAGUGAGUGAAGCUGCAGAUCCAACAAAAGAGCCGGUGAAAGAGGAGGAGGGUCAGGUCAAAGCGGAGACAGAGGAAGAGACGGGGAUGAGUUCAAGCAGUGAGCACCAACCCCAAAUUGAGGAUGUACAAGAGGUACAAGAAAAAAUGGAAUUGGAUUUGGAGAAGGAGGUGAAAGAGGAGACGAGUGAGGGUCAUACUGACGAACUUGAGCCACCAAAAGAGCCUAGUGAAGAACAGAAGAGUGUGGAGGAGGAGAUCAGUCUAGCAGUGACGGAGAAGGCUGAACUGGAAGGAGAGCAGGCUACUGUUGAAGUUCAGGAGCCAGGAGAUCAGCCCAACCAAACAGAUGUUGCUGAUGUUCCAUCUGAGCCGCCCUCGGAGAAUAUCGAGGUCCAGGCAGAGACACAAGAGGCUGAGAAACCUCCUCCUGGCAGUGAGGAGCAACCUGGUGAAUCUACCACUGAUGCUGUCCCGAUCGCUGAGACCGCUGAGACUACUGAGGCCAGUAUGCCCUCUGAGGUCAUAGCAACCACAGUGGACCCUUCAGGGAUAGGAACUCCUUCUCAGGAUGAAGAGGAAGGUGUCUCGGAUGUGGAGAGUGAGAGGAGUCAGGAGCCCCAACUCAGUGCUUUGGACAUUAGCGGCAUGGCUGCCAGGCUUCUGGACACCUGGAAGGAUCUGAAGGAGGUAUACAGAAUACCAAAAAAGAGUCAGGUGGAAAAGGAAGCAAAUGAUCGCAGUCGAGAUCGAGACACAGCUCUGACGCCGCGCACCACUUCUGGUAGCCGAGAACGUGAAAGGGAGCGGGAGAAGGAGAGGGACCGUGACAGAGACCGAGAUUAUGACAGAGACAGGGAUCGAGACAGGGAUCGAGACUGGGACAGAGACCGAGACCGAGAUCGGGACAGGGACAGGGACCGAGAUCGGGACCGUGAUCGGGACCGGGACCGGGAUCGGGAUCGCGUCUCUGACAAAACUCCACAACGCAGCACAGAGAGACGGAGGAGGCGCUCCACUUCACCACCCUCCUCCUAUGAAAGGAGCAGCAGACGCACUGAGGAGCGAUUUGACUCGUCUAACAGCAGCAAAUCACGGGGAGUUGGUGGCAAGGAGCGUAACAAGCUGUCCACAGAGGAGCGCAGGAAGCUGUUUGAGCAGGAGGUGGCUCAGCGGGAAGCCCAGAAGCAACAACAGCUUCAGCAGCAGCAGCAGCAGCAGCUCCACACUCUGGCGUAUGACCCUGCUCUGGCCUAUGCUUCCAGCCCUGGCUUCAUCACCUACCCUCCUGGCUAUCCCAUUCAGACAUUUGUAGAUCCCUGCAACCCCAAUGCAGGAAAAGUACUGUUACCUACCCCUGCUGUUGAGCCCAGCAUGAACUAUGAAGAGACCCCUCCCCAGCGUCUCAUCUCAGACCUUGGGCUGUCCUCUCCAUCCUCCACUUCCCAGGCCACUCCAGUCUCUAAUCUGUCUCAGAUCAUCACCACCACCGACCUCGCCACUGGCAACCCCCAGCAGUAUGCCCAGCCAACUGUAGCACCUCAGGACGCAGGCGUAGCUGUCCUCUCUGUACCCGCCCAGGCGGCCCCUCAGGUCCAGGGCCAGCAGAGCUACACUACUCUCUGGGAUCCUACCACUCAGCAGGCAGUGACUGUACAGACGCAGCCUGCACAGCAGUACGCCACGGCCCCAGCACAGGCUCAGACACAGACCGCCAUCUAUUACCAGGGGCAGCCAUGCCAAACCAUCUACAGCAUCCCCACCGCCUACCCACAAGCCAACACUCCAGUCAUACAGGCGUACACUGAACCCACAGCCAGCUACCUGCACGGCCAGCCAGUGUAUCCUGGCCAUCAGCAGGGAGUGGUGGUGCAGCAGGGAGGCACGGUCACCACCAUCGUCACAUCCCAAACUGUGCAACAGGAAAUGAUUGUACCCAACAAUGUGAUAGACCUGCCUCCUCCCUCUCCCCCCAAACCCAAAACUAUCGUCCUACCUCCCAACUGGAAAGUGGCCCGGGACCCUGAAGGGAAGAUCUACUACUACCAUAUUGUUACAAGGCAAACUCAGUGGGACCCUCCAACCUGGGAUGGAUGCAGUGACAAUACUAGUGUGGACCAUGAAUCUGAAAUGGACCUGGGAACACCCACCUAUGAUGAGAAUCCUUCCAAGUUCUCCACAAAGACAGCUGAAGCAGACACUUCCAGUGAGCUGGCUAAAAAGAGUAAAGAGACAUUUCGCAAAGAGAUGUCCCAGUUCAUAGUGCAGUGUCUGAAUCCUUAUCGGAAACCAGACUGCAAACUUGGACGCAUCAGCAACACGGAGGAUUUUAAACACCUGGCUAGAAAGCUAACUCACGGAGUUAUGAACAAGGAGUUGAAAGCUUGCAAUAAUCCUGAGGACCUUGAGUGUAACGAGAAUGUGAAGCACAAGACCAAGGAGUACAUCAAGAAGUACAUGCAGCGGUUUGGCUCCGUGUACAGGCCCAAGGAGGACACAGAGGUGUACUAGCCUCAGAGGCCUCAUAUGUUACACUUGUCCUGCGGCUAACACAGGAGAAGCACAGAUUUGCCUUUCCAUUCACUCCUUCAUGUAUGUACUGGCCGGCCUGAGCCGUGAAGUAGUUUCUUACACAUAUUUAUGACUAAGAAUUGCACUGCUGCCCAAGAAGCUCUCCAGGCCCGUUGAUGACGGAGGAGCCACAUACUAGAGACUGACGGAGACUCGAGGGUCUUGGAGCGACCCGAGAUCUCCAGGUGCAGUGUUCUAAAAGGACAACGCUGCGGGGUGCUACAGAGACUAAUGUUUUUUUCACUGACUGUUUGAUUUUAAGCAUUUUUUUUUCAUUUGUGGCUCUUAAAUGUUCCUGAGACGAUCACCUCAAUUCCACUUUUUAAACUCUUCUAGCCCCGAACGAGGAUCGGUCAACGAUAUCAGCUUUGGUAUCAUAUUUAUCAGAGUUUCUUUGUUAAUUUCCACUGUUAAAAAUGGAUCAAUUACACAACAGUCCAGUGCUUUCUUUCCCCCCUUCCCACUUCCUUUUUCUUGUGCACGCUUCAACCCCCUGCCACUGACUCUGUAUCUGGUGCUGCUUUUAACUGGGCUGUGGAGGUCCAAGCUUCCACUCCUCAAACCCUGCCUUCUUAACCACAAGACUUUGGAGCCUCUGUUGUUUUAUGAAUGCAUGAUGUAGGCUGAGGUCAGACUGGUAUCCUUAUGGAAAUUCCUACGUUUUCCAUGUCUCCUGCUUCAAGUAAUAUGCCCUCAGUGGGAUGAGCUUUUACUCAUAAAUACACUUAGGGAUCAGCUAAUAAUCAGCAGGUUGACAAGGUGAUCAAUAUGUCUUUUAUGAAUUUAUGUAUUAUAACGGGAGCAGGGUUUCAUUGCUAUGUUUGAUGUGCUGUUUAGCCAUUUCCUGUCCAGUCCCUAUCCCAACUUGUUCUUCUGUUCUUACAGGAAUACUGAAAAUGAAGGUUGUAGCAUUGCAGUUUUAACAGUUUCUAAACAUCUUGUGCGUUCUGGUUCUUUUUUUUAUCACCGAUCGUCCUUGUUAGACGACACUUUGAUCGGCCUUGCUCCACAAACUUGUCACUCAUUAAUUUCCACGAUUUUUACGGUUGUCAAGGUAGUUUCAUUAGCAUUAGGUUACUGAUUUGUUGCAGCCUAUUAAAUUGCAUUAAACAAAGUUCCAACAUAUGUACAUUGCUUUAUAUGUGAAUAUAUUGAAUAAUAGUUUUGGGAAUGUUUAAAUAAGCAGACACUUUGUAAAAGGACUAUCAUUUCAUGAUUAAAAGUGUAAAUAAUGUGUAAAAUUACCAAAGCUGUACGCAGGAGAGUAGGGUCCGGGAGCACAGGGCGCCCACCCAUCCUCACCAGCUCAGCCCUCCUGAUGCAGUUCCCACAUCAGUCUGUCCAACGUAGGACCCCACUGACUCACAUCCCUCUAUUUUAUUUCAGUGGUGGGGGAGAUUUUUUAUGUUUCCGUUUUUGUUUAUUAUUAUUUUUCUAUGUAUAAAGUAAGUUUCACCCUACUCUACUGUAAGUAUUGUGUAAGCACAUUGUCAUACCGAGUGUACAAACAUUUUAAAAGAUAAUAAACCUUUUUGUAAAAUUAUA